AUGUCGCUGAGAAGAUCAAUUUUAUCGAGAAGGUUCUCGAAAUCGUUCAAUAACCAGAACAGAAACGAACGAAAUGGAGUAGAACCGGGGCGGCUCGUAGGUGAGUCAGGUGAGUUAUCUGCUGUGUCGGAUGGGUGGGGGAGUAUGUUACCUGAGUUGUUAGGAGAAAUAAUAAAACGAGUUGAAGAGAGUGAGGAUCGGUGGCCUCAGAGACAAAACGUCGUCGCUUGUGCUUGUGUUUGUAAGAAAUGGAGAGAAGUUACCAAGGACAUCGUCAAGUCUCUUCCUAAUAAUGAUAACAAUAAUGGAAGUUCUGGCAAAAUUACUUUCCCUUCUUGCCUUAAACAGCCGGGUCCACGUGACAUGGCCCAUCAGUGUCUUAUAAAACGGAACAAGAAGACUUCAACAUUUUACCUAUAUCUUGCCCUUACUCCAUCAUUUACGGACAAGGGGAAGUUUCUUCUAGCAGCACGGAGGUAUAGGCAUGGUGCUCACACAGAGUAUAUCAUCUCGCUUGAUGCUGAUGACUUAUCCCAAGGAAGUAAUGCUUAUGUUGGAAAGUUAAGUUCGGACUUCCUUGGUACCAACUUUACAAUCUAUGACAGCCAGCCACCACACAGUGGUGCAAAGCCUUCAAGUAGCAGAGCUAGUCGCCGAUUUGCAAGUAAGCAAAUAAGCCCUCAAGUUCCGGCAGGCAAUUUUGAGAUUGGGCAGGUCUCUUAUAAAUUUAACCUUUUGAAAUCAAGAGGUCCAAGGAGGAUGGUUUGCUCACUCAAGUGCCCAGUGUCUCAAGAAACUACCAUUGACAAAAAUCUUGACAACUCAAAGAUGAAACUAUUUGAGUCUGCUUCUUCUGGUUGUACAGUUUUGCGGAACAAAGCCCCAAGGUGGCAUGAGCAUUUGCAAUGUUGGUGCUUGAAUUUCCAUGGUCGGGUAACAGUAGCAUCAGUGAAGAACUUUCAACUGGUUGCAACCAUGGACCAAAGCCAGCCAGGAGGGAAAGGAGAUGAGGAGACUGUCCUCCUCCAGUUUGGGAAGGUAGGCGAUGAUACAUUCACCAUGGAUUAUAGGCAGCCACUCUCAGCUUUUCAAGCAUUUGCCAUAUGCCUUACAAGCUUUGGCACGAAACUGGCAUGUGAGUAA